AUGCUCAGCUCGGUGAAAGAAAUUGUGAGUUAAAAUGAUAUUGAACUAAAUAUGGGAUCUCUGGAAUCCUAAUCAGGUCUCAAUUGUUUGGUAGAUCUUUAUAUUUCUUGUCGAAAUCUUUAAAACAUCGAUAAGCUUUCAAAACCAGAUCCGCAAUGCAUAGUUUAUUAUAAGAAAAGGACUCUUGAGGAAUGGAGGAUCUUAGGUUAAACCGAAAUUGUGAAAGAUAGUCUAAAUCCUGAUUUCCAAAAGAAGAUAAAAUUAUCUUACAAGUUCGAGAAACACUAGUAUUUGAAAAUUGAAGUUUUGGACUAUGACAAAUAGGGAAAGUUUGAAGAAAUAGGUUACUCAGAGAUGACACUAGGUAAAAUCAUAGGUUCUAAGGAAAUGCAAUAUGAAUCGGAUAUAAAAAAGGAUGGGUAGAGCAACUCAAAAGGAAAGCUAAUAAGUAGAAUUGCCCCAUAUUCGGAAACUACAUGGAGUCUAAACAUGCAAUUUAAGGUUUAAAAUUUGCCAGCCACUGCUAAAUGCUUUUGCUUUAAAAUCGCUUACCCAGAAGUAGAGAUAUUUCGUGUUGUAGAAGAUUCUCAAAAUUAGAAGAAAUUUUUCUCAGUAUAUAAAAGUGAGGCCUCAACAACUAAAACCACAAGCCCCAACUUUAAACCUAUAAAGCUUGCUGGAGCACUCCUAUGUAACUCUAAUGAAAACUAGCCAAUAAGAUUCUUAUUUAGAGAUAAAUUUCAUGAGGAUAAAGAAUAAUUUGGGGAAAUUGAGGCGAAUAUAACUUAAUUGAAAAAUUAAAAAAGUUUCCCAAUUUUAAAUGGACAAGCUUAGAUCAAUGGUGAGAUGAUAAUUAACCAUAUUUAAAUCCAGAGAAAAGCUCAGUUCCUAGAUUAUAUCAAUAACGGAUGGGAACUUAAUUUCGUAGUUGCAAUUGAUUAUACUGGCUCUAAUGGAGAUCCAUCAAUGAGAUCUUCGCUUCACACAAAGAGUGAAUUCAACUAAUAUUAAAAGGCUAUUUUCUCGAUCGGGUCUAUUAUCGAAAAUUAUGAUUCUGAUAAAAGAUAUCUUGUUUAUGGAUUUGGAGGGGUACUUAACUAGAUGGAAAAAAUCGUUAAUAAAAAGAAAAGUUAGAAAAUAUAUAAUAUUUUACUCAUUAUCACAGAUGGACUCAUUAAUGAUUUUACAGAGGUGAGGACAAAGAUAGUAUAAAUGUCCUCUCAGCCUUUGAGUAUUAUAAUCAUAGGAGUAGGAGAGUAAAAUUUUGAAAGUAUGAAAGAGCUAGAUGGAGAUGAGAAUGUCUUGCUUGGCUUAGAUGGCCGGCCAGGUGUCAGAGAUAUAGUUCAGUUUGUAGAGUUCAAUAAGUUUAAGAAUAACGAGUAAGCCUUGGCAGCUGAAGUCUUAAAGGAAAUUCCAGAAUAACUAGUUAACUAUAUGGAUUACAAAAAUGUCAAAAUCAAUUGA